UAUUAAUCAACCUAUAUGCUUUACUAAUUUGUUUUCAGUGCCUUGAUACAAAUAUGCUCACUAGUAUACUGUAAAACGCACUACCAUAAUUAUUUUUUUCUUACUCAAAAAAAAAACAAGUUUUAAUCAAAUGGGCGCAAUGGGAUUUGGCAAUGGGGCACUAUUGUUAAUGUUGGUAAUAGGAACAUAUGUAUAUGCAGAUGGUAAUUCAGAUGCAAAUUUGAAAUUGGGGGAAAAUUUCGUCUUAUUAGUUGCUGGAUCAUAUGGCUGGCACAAUUAUAGACAUCAAGCAGAUGUGGCACACGCAUACCAAAUAGUCAGAGGAAACGGAAUACCAGCUGAAAACAUCAUUGUGAUGAUGUAUGACGACGUUGCAAACCAUACAAGUAAUCCAGCUCGCGGAACGCUGAUCAACCACCCUGGCGGCUCGGACGUAUACCAUGGUGUUAAGGUCGAUUAUCAGGGUUAUGACAUCAAAUCCAGUGUUUUAUUGAGUGUUCUCAAAGGGAACAAAAGCGGCGUAAAAGGAGUGGGGUCGGGCAGAGUAAUUGAAAGCGGUCCUCGUGACAACAUUUUCGUCUAUUAUACCGACCACGGAGGUCCAGGCAUUGUGGGCUUACCAAACGGCGUGUUGUAUGCUGACCAUCUGAUCAAUACGUUAAAUGAAAUGUAUAUUAGACGAAAAUACAACAAAAUGUUGUUAUACGUAGAGGCCUGUGAAUCUGGUUCUAUGUUCGACGGGCUUCUAGCGGAAGAUCAAUCAAUCUUAGCAGUAACUGCCUCUGGACCUAGAGAGUCCUCUUGGGGAUGUUUUUGUGGAGAAGAGUCUGGACCAUACAACACGUGUCUCGGAGACCUGUUUAGUGUCACUUUUAUGGAAGACUUGGACAAUCAUAUUAAUAAUGAAGAGAACGCUUCGAGAUCUAUUUUCAACCAAUACCAAACGGUUAGGACAGCCGUUGACAUGAGUAACGUUAUGGUGUAUGGUGACUUCCAUGUAGGCUUUGAUAAACUAUCUUCAUUUAUUGGUCUUCCUGCAAAUAAAUCAUCAGCCAAGUAUUCGCCUAAAACGUACCAGAGCAGGUCUGUCAUGUCCAGUCGAGACAUAUAUGAAAAAUCUCUCAGUGCUGAAAUAUCGUCGACUACCGACUUGAUCAAACAAAAACUUCUGGAGGGAGAAUUGCAUCUUUAUAGCAAAACUAAAACAUUUAUUGACUACGUUCUUCAAACAAUCUAUACAAAAUUGGUUAGUGAAAUGCCAAAACUUGCUGCCAAAAUUGGUGAAUAUGAAAAUAUCGUUCCGAUGCAACUUACUAUGAAUGCAUUCCCAUGCUACAGAAAUAUAGUGGAUACUAUUUCCGAAAAGUGUUUUUCAAUAACCGAGAAUUCGUACGCUUUGGGCAAAUUGUCUUUCUUGGCAAAUAUUUGUAUCGUCGAUAACAGUUUAGACAAAAAGCUGUUACAGUUUGUAGACAAUAUAUGCAUUUGACCAAAAAUAUCUUCUUAAACAUUAUGAUACAGCGUUUAAUAUGUAGUUUAUAUGUAUUAUUUGCAAUUUGAAAUGGAAAUAUAAUUAGAUAAUUAAAUAAAA